AUGCCGAGCCGCGCUCGAUCCAGCAAACAGGUGCUUUUUCUCGUCUCACGCCCUUCCACGGCCGUUCUACCACUUUCAAACUCGCAGGUGCUACCGCUCGUCGGCUUCGGAGCCGUCGCGAUCCUCGUGCUGCUCGUGCGCGGCGGGUUGCCGGCUCGAACACCUCUCCACCGCGGCAUAUUCCCUUUUCCGAAGCUCCCCGCUGGUGCUACGGCUUCCAUCUACCAAUCAACGACUGCCGCGUGGCUGGACCUGACCGCUCUGUUCUUCCUGUUCUUCGGCACCGCCGCUUUGACGCGAUUCGCCAUCAUCCACCUGAUUCGGCGGCAUCCGCAUUUGAGCCUUCCCCUCGCGGCGCUUGUUUCCGCCGAUCGGGGGGGCGGUGGUCGGGGUUCCGCGGAAAGGAGCGGGUGCGCAUCGGGGGGAUCCGCGUUCAUGCGCGACCUUUGCGGAAAAGCCGGCAAGAUGGGGCUGGGCGGAGGGUUUUGGCGCGCGGUGUGGUGGCAGGCGCAGAUUUCGCCUUCUCCGCGCGGGAGGCGCAGCUCCGCGCAUCUGGCGGAGCGAUCUUCCGCCGGCUCCGCGGAUUUUCUGCGCUAUUUGCGGCCGAGAGGGACCUGCAAAAGCCUAUCAGAGUCCGAAGAUGCUGUAGACGACGCGUUAUGUCUCACCGUGAGGCGGUACACUAACGGGGAUAGAUACGAAGGCGAGACGCGUGACGGAGUAGCGUCUGGAAGCGGCGUGUAUUAUUUCGACGAAGCUGCGGGGAAAUACGAAGGCGAGUGGGCGGACGGAAAAUACAGCGGGCUGGGUGUAGAAUCGUGGGAGAGCGGCAGCGUGUACCGAGGCGAGUACAAACGCGGAUACCGCGAGGGGCGGGGGCUGUACCAGUUCCACACGGGGGACGCGUAUGCGGGCGCGUGGGCGCGCGGGCAGAGCCACGGCGCGGGGUUGCAGAUGUGCGCGGAUGGGAGCACGUACGCGGGGCAGUUCUCGUACGGGCUGAAGCACGGCUUCGGGAUCUAUACCUUCAGAAACGGCGACGUGUACGCGGGGGAGUAUUUCCGAGAUGCCAUGCACGGGUACGGCGUGUAUACCUUCAGCAACGGGCAGUGCUACGAGGGCGCGUGGCACGACGGGUGCAAGCAGGGGCUGGGCCGAUACUCCUUCCGCAGUGGGGACUCCCUCAUGGGCCACUGGCACCUGGGAGCGCUGCUCACACGCUGCUGUGACACCCCUCCUGCCGCUGUCUCUGCCACUUCUGCUGCUGCUGCCACCCCUGCCACUGCCAGCUCGGCUCCAUCUGCGGCCUCUGCCUUUGACGCGGUUUCUGACUCAGUUUCAGACUGUGGCAGCUGGGGUGCGUCCUCCAGUCCAUCGUCGCCCUCAGCCUUUUCAGCAGCAUCGUCACCAUCAGCUGCAGCACCAUCAGCAGUGUCACCAUCAGCGCUCGUAGCGAGCCUGUCUCCAGUCAAUGGGCGCCCAUUAGUGGACCCUUCUAAAGUCCUAGCAGCCGUAGAGGCUGCAAGGAGGGCCAAGAAGAGGGCAGAAGCACUGUCGGCUUCGGAUGAGAGUUUGUCUGACGUGGUGGCUGCAGCCAAUCAAGCGGCUGCUACUGCCAGGGAAGUAGCGGCUGACGCAAGGGCCUUGGGGCCCCAGCCUGAAACCAAGAAUGACCUGCAAAGCAGGCGUCUCAAAAGUCUGUUGCGUUUUUUCACUUGCCGUUCCUCGCGUUUCCCGGUGUCGGACGUCAUUUCCGUCGUUUGUUUUACGAAUUCCGAUCGAGGUGCCUUUGUUCCAUCAGGCCGUCGUCAAAUUCAGAGUGUUCCGAUUAAAUUGUCGGCCAUGAAGCUCACUGACGGCAUGGCAGCGCUGGUCACGGGAGCAGGCUCUGGCAUAGGCCGAGCAGCUUCUCUGUACCUGGCGUCUAAGGGCUUGCGGGUGACCAUUGUGGAUUUCUCAGAGGCAGGAGGCUUAGAAACGGUGCUGCUGAUUGGGGAGCAGACGGGGAGGCAAGAUGCAGCGAGGUUCGUCCAGUGUGACGUCAGCAAGCCUUCUGACCUGGCCCGUGCAUUCGCCGUGCACAUGCAAUGGUGUGGCCGACUCGAUGUCUGUCUCAACAAUGCGGGCAUAGGCGAGAAGGAAUGGUUCCUCAAGGACACGUCAGCAGAUGGCAAGGGUUCCUGGCGCCACGUGUUGGACGUCGAUCUGACGGCUGUUGUUGAUGGGACGCGCCUUGCUGUGCACGCAAUGCAGCUGUCUGGGAAAGGCAGCAAGGGCGGCAAAAGAGGCGUGAUAGUGAACGUGGCGUCUGCAGCAGGGCUCUACCCCUCACCGAACGGUCCCAUUUACGCCGCAUCCAAAGCUGGAGUGGUCAUGUUCACACGCUCAUUGGCUCAUCUCGCUGGGAGUGGCAUUCGCAUCAAUGCUCUUUGCCCUGAGUUCAUCCAAACCCCUCUGGUGACGCAGGUCACAGGGCAGGCGGCCAAGCAUCUCCCUAAGGUGGUGGCCUCAGUAGGCGGAUUUAUUCCCAUGGACACCAUUGUUGACGGUCUGGCCGAGUUGAUAGAAGAUGAAAAGAGAGCAGGCGAGUGCAUGUGGAUCACCAACCGGCUGGGCAAGCAGUGGUGGCCGACUGAGGAGGAGAAGAGGCGCUACCUGGUGGCGGGCACACCUGGGGGAGGUGAUAGUAAAGGGGGUGACAGCAAAGGAAGUGACAGAAAAAGUGAUUCAAGUGGUGGUGGAGGGGCAUUGGCGUUGGGUGCCAUGCCAAGUGCGAGGAGGGGUGCUGGUUUGGGCGCAGCUGGGGGUGAAGCUUCUGGGAAGCUUCUUGUGGGUGUGGCGAGUGGUCUGCCUUCAACUUUCCGAAAGCUUGUGGUGCAGCGCCUCUCUUCGGACUUCAGGCAAGCCAUCAGCAUCAUCGAGGCGCCACUGCCUCUGCCCGUGCCGGCGGGGAAGGUGCUGCUGCGAGUGCGAUACGCAGGAAUCAACGCCAGCGAUGUCAACUACUCAGCCGGCCGCUACGCAGGCAGCCAGGCAGAAGCAUCCCAGCAGCUUCCCUUCGACGCAGGCUUCGAGGCAGUGGGAGAGAUAGUCGCACUAACAGGCAGCACCACCACUGGGUCUAUGGAAAAAAGGAGCAAAGGGGGACUGGCAGUGGGGCAGGCAGCAGCAGCGUUGGCGUAUGGCGCAUUUGCUGAGUAUAUGCUGGUGGAUGCCCGAUGGGUGAUUCCUGUGCCUGAUUGUUCCCCACAAAUGGUGGCUCUGCUUACCAGCGGCCUCACUGCCUCCAUCGCUCUAUCCGAGUCUGGGCGCAUGGGCAGUGGCGAGACGGUACUGGUGACGGCAGCUGCUGGGGGGACUGGCCAGUUUGCGGUGCAGUUGGCGAAGUUGGCAGGGAACAGGGUUGUGGCGACAUGUGGCAGUGAGAGCAAGGCUGCAGUGCUGAGGGACCUCGGGGUGGAUGUGGUGGUUAACCACCGGACAGAGAAGGACAUGGCCAAGGCAUUGAAGCAGGCUUGUGGGCCACAGGGAGCAGCGGUGGUGUUCGAGUCUGUGGGGGGAGAUAUGUUUGCUGCUGCUCUGAAGGCCCUUGGGCGAUUUGGGAGGCUCAUUGUGAUUGGAAUGAUGUCACAGUACACGGCAGGGCAGGAGGGGCAGUGGGUGAGCAAGGCUUAUCCUGGUCUGUGUGAGCGCCUGCUCUCCAACUCCCAGACGCUGGUCGGGUUCUUCUUGCUGCACUACCCACAACUGUGGCGCUCGCACCUCACCAAGCUGGUGACCCUCUACCAAGCAGGCCUGCUCAAGGUGGCCCUCGAUCCGACGCCGUUCAAGGGCCUUCCUGCAGUGCCGUCAGCAGUGGAGCACUUGCAAGCUGGGAGCAGCGUGGGCAAGGUGGGUGGGAAUUAG